ACCCGCGCCCGCUAGAUGGCUCCACUCUCAGGCAGCGAGAGCGAAGAAAAAUCAAUAGAAAUUUUCAUUUUAGUGAAUUGCCCUGCGCUCGGGAAUAGUUAACAAACAAAUUAGCGGCAAAUCAGCGAGGCGAGGCGCCAGCCAGUUGGAGUUACGUAAAGUGCAGCUCCCAGGACCAAACAUUCCGCAGCCAACACCCCGGAUUCCGGAUUGCAGUUUCGACUGCAAGCGAAGCCAGCAACUCCAGAAGUCUCCGAUCUCCCCGCUCCGCCGCAGAAAUUCCGCAACGCCUGGCGACUUCGACCGCUGCGAGUGAAAAAUCGGAAAAGUCCCGCAGGAACAGCGAAGAUCCGGAGGAAGAGAGAUAUAGUCGAACAGAGUAGAGAGCAGCUACUAUAUCUUCGGGUCCGACGUCGAGUUCGAGCGAUAAGAGCGCCUCGAGACUCGGCCGCCUUUCAUCGACGAUUUUCUUGCGCCCCCAGUUUGCAUAAAACCAGCGAAAAUUAACAAGCUAACUACCAUGGCGCCGGUGCGGGGGGAUGGCAUGAGAGGCCUGGCCGUCUUUAUAUCGGAUAUAAGGAACUGUAAAAGCAAAGAGGCGGAGGUCAAACGCAUAAACAAGGAGUUGGCCAACAUACGGAGCAAAUUUAAAGGAGACAAAACGCUCGACGGCUAUCAGAAGAAGAAAUAUGUUUGCAAGCUGCUGUUCAUCUUUCUCCUCGGCCACGACAUCGACUUUGGCCACAUGGAGGCGGUCAACCUGCUGUCCUCCAACAAAUACUCAGAGAAGCAGAUCGGCUACUUGUUCAUCUCCGUGUUGGUCAACACGAAUAGCGACCUCAUUCGGCUGAUCAUCCAGUCGAUCAAGAAUGAUUUGCAAUCGCGCAACCCUGUGCACGUCAAUCUGGCGCUGCAGUGCAUCGCCAACAUUGGCAGCCGGGACAUGGCCGAGUCCUUUUCCAACGAGAUACCCAAGCUACUCGUCUCGGGCGACACCAUGGACGUGGUGAAGCAGUCGGCGGCGCUGUGCCUGCUCCGCCUGUUCCGCUCCUCGCCGGACAUCAUUCCCGGCGGCGAGUGGACAUCGCGCAUCAUCCAUUUGCUCAAUGAUCAGCAUAUGGGAGUAGUCACGGCGGCCACCUCGCUGAUCGACGCCUUGGUGAAGCGCAAUCCAGACGAAUACAAGGGUUGUGUCAAUUUGGCCGUUUCUCGCCUGUCCCGGAUCGUGACAGCUAGCUACACGGAUCUUCAGGAUUACACUUACUACUUUGUGCCGGCUCCAUGGCUGUCCGUAAAACUUCUUCGGCUGCUGCAGAACUACAAUCCGGUAACCGAAGAGGCAGGUGUGCGGGCUCGCUUAAACGAGACCCUGGAGACGAUUCUGAACAAGGCGCAGGAGCCGCCAAAGAGCAAGAAGGUGCAGCACUCCAACGCCAAGAACGCCGUGCUUUUCGAGGCCAUCAAUCUGAUCAUUCACAGCGACAGCGAGCCGAACCUUCUGGUGCGUGCGUGCAACCAGUUGGGCCAAUUCCUUAGCAAUCGCGAGACCAACUUGCGCUACUUGGCUCUGGAGUCCAUGUGCCACCUGGCCACCUCGGAGUUCUCGCACGAGGAGGUCAAGAAGCACCAGGAGGUGGUCAUCCUGUCGAUGAAAAUGGAGAAGGAUGUGUCCGUGCGCCAAAUGGCAGUGGAUCUUUUGUAUGCCAUGUGUGAUCGUGGUAAUGCCGAGGAGAUUGUCCAGGAGAUGCUGAACUAUCUCGAGACGGCCGACUACUCUAUUCGCGAGGAGAUGGUGCUCAAGGUGGCCAUUCUCGCCGAGAAGUACGCCACGGACUAUACCUGGUACGUGGAUGUGAUCCUGAAUCUAAUCCGUAUUGCUGGCGACUAUGUCUCCGAGGAAGUGUGGUACCGCGUCAUUCAGAUCGUGAUCAACCGCGAGGAGGUUCAGGGAUAUGCCGCGAAGACCGUUUUUGAGGCGCUCCAGGCACCCGCCUGCCACGAGAACAUGGUCAAGGUGGGCGGCUACAUCUUGGGAGAGUUCGGCAACUUAAUUGCCGGAGACUCGCGCUCCGCACCUCUGGUGCAAUUCAAGCUGCUGCACUCCAAGUAUCAUUUGUGCUCGCCGAUGACGCGGGCCCUGCUCCUGUCCACGUACAUCAAGUUUAUCAACCUGUUCCCGGAGAUUCGCACCAACAUCCAGGACGUGUUCCGCCAGCACAGCAAUCUUCGAUCCGCAGAUGCGGAAUUGCAGCAGCGAGCCAGCGAAUAUCUACAGCUCAGCAUUGUGGCAUCGACAGACGUAUUGGCCACUGUCCUGGAGGAGAUGCCUUCUUUCCCGGAGCGCGAGAGCUCCAUUCUGGCAGUGCUGAAGAAAAAGAAGCCCGGUCGGGUGCCGGAGAACGAGAUUCGCGAGUCGAAGAGCCCGGCUCCGUUGCCUUCUGCGGCGCAGAACAACGUGCACGUAAACAACUCGCACAGCAAGCUGAACAAUAGCAACGCGAACACAGAUCUGCUGGGACUGAGCACUCCGCCGUCAAACAAUAUUGGUGGUGGCAGCAACAGCAACAGCACCCUCAUCGAUGUGCUGGGCGACAUGUACGGCAGCAACAGUAACAACAACUCGAGUGCCGUGUACAACACCAAGAAGUUCUUGUUCAAGAACAAUGGUGUUCUGUUUGAAAACGAAAUGCUGCAGAUUGGCGUGAAGAGCGAGUUCCGCCAGAACCUGGGACGAUUGGGCCUCUUCUACGGCAACAAGACGCAGGUUCCCCUGACGAACUUUACGCCCGUGCUGCAAUGGUCCGCCGAGGAUGCGCUCAAGCUGAACGUGCAGAUGAAGGUGGUGGAGCCGACCCUGGAGGCCGGCGCCCAGAUCCAACAGCUGCUCACUGCGGAGUGUAUCGAAGAUUACGCCGACGCGCCAACCAUCGAGAUCAGUUUCCGCUACAACGGCACACAACAGAAGUUCAGCAUCAAACUGCCUUUGAGCGUGAACAAGUUCUUUGAGCCUACCGAGAUGAAUGCCGAAUCCUUCUUUGCACGAUGGAAGAACCUCAGCGGGGAACAACAACGUUCACAAAAAGUGUUCAAGGCCGCCCAGCCGCUGGAUUUGGCCGGAGCCCGCAACAAGCUGAUGGGCUUCGGCAUGCAGCUGCUGGACCAGGUGGAUCCCAAUCCAGACAACAUGGUCUGCGCAGGCAUCAUCCAUACGCAAUCGCAGCAGGUGGGCUGCUUGAUGCGAUUGGAGCCGAACAAGCAGGCUCAGAUGUUCCGACUGACCGUGAGGGCCAGCAAGGAGACCGUGACUCGGGAGAUCUGCGACCUGCUGUCGGAUCAGUUCUAAGCCACAACAAUCAUGGACGGGAGGGGUCGAGUUGGAGCUACGAAGCCAUGGAGCCAUGGAGCCACGGCAACCACUUUACAAUGCACAAUCCCAAUCACCUAGAGAAAUAUCAAAGCGAAAACGGUCCUCGAACUUUGCGCGUUUAGUUAUGCCAGGCACACUCCUACUCUCUUCAUAAGUACCUUUCAUCUUCUCCAGCCGCGAGUGGCGGAGUGAGCUUUACCCACGGUCCUGUUUCCUGUUGAUUUGAAUAUUAUUUUUGUAAACCCACUCGUACUUUACCCAUUUUCCCCUUUCAUGCCCCUGCCCCAAGCCCCAAUCCGUAUCAGAAUUCUUUGUAAAUGUUAAGCUCAAAAAGUUCAUAGUAGAGAAACGAGAGAACAUAAUUAGAUUAUGUUGAUAUGUAUGACAAAUUAUAUAUUGUUGCAUCAUUUCGAGGCAGUAGCAAUUGGAUAUUAUAUACCUAUACACAGAUAUACAUUCAUACAAACCACAUACAUAUACCUAGUAUAUACGUCGUUGUAAUAAAAACAGAAAACAAUAUAAAACAGAAGAUAAGCUUGCAAGGAAAUUAUUAAGAUGCCUGCAAACGACAAGUAUGCAAAUCGUUAUCUAAAUAUUUAUACAUAUAUUGAUUAAUGCAAUUGCAUCAAAACGAAAUUCAUGUUUAAUGUUUUUGAUUGUGAAGAUCUGACGAAGAGCCGCAGGAGCAGAAAUCUCAUUAAAUAAUAGACAAAUAAUUAGAGACGGAUCAACUAGAAACUCCUUGAUUAAUCACUGUUGAGCAACUAAAAAUUUAUCGAAGAUAGAAGCAAUCCAAUUUUGAGGAAACGAAAGCAAAAAUUUAAAAUAUUAUUACACUUAUAGCAGAAUUUUUCGAUUGAUCCUGGGUAAUAUUUCGUUUUGUAUGUGUACCAUAGAUAAACUGAAGAGAACUACAUGUUGUGCCGCUUCCUGGGAGGGAUAGCGAUCUUUUGAGCAUCAAGUAUUACUUAUCCGAAGCAGCAGCUGCAGCAAGCCAUAAAUCUGCUGAUAACUCCUUCAAUUGCGAGGCGGCAGCCGAUGAAGAACAAAGAAUUGUAAACUAAAAUAUACAUUAUAUAGAUACUGAUACUGAAUACCGAUAAUGGAAAUUGUCAUCGUAUACUUAUUACCACUAAACUCUCAAUCCUUUCGUAUCAACCGAUGUGCAUGUCAGUUGGAAGUUGAAAGCAUUUCCAAAGUGCAAUAGUUAAAUGUUACAAAAUUCCACGAAAAUUCCAUUCAACACUCAGACAAAACAAAAGCGACUACAACAGCAACAAAACAUAAACCACAACUACAUAUAGCAAAUGCAGGAAUUUAACUGUAAAAGUAAACAAAUAUGUAUUUAAAUAAAUAAAUAAAUAUAAAUUGAAACCAUU